AUGUCGAGUUUAAAGAGGGGGCGCCAAGAUGCACCAGAAGCAGACAGCUCUAGUUCAAUUAGCUCUUCUCAAACGAACACAACAAACGAAGUUGCUUACGACGCUAGCUACUUUCCCUUGCCUGAAACACGAUUUCCAUUAGGUACACCUAUUCAGUCUAAGAGAUCUAGAAAGCUAUACUCUGAUUUAGCGGACGAGCGUGAGUUCCUGUUACAUCUCAAGGAGUUGUGGAAGAGCAAACUUGCCGAUCUAAAGGAGGAUAGAAGACUAUUAGAAAAGAUGAAAGACGCUAAGAAACACGAUGUCAUUAAUGAGGAGCCACUGUUUUGUCCUGAAGAAAAAGAAGAAGAGCAACCCGAGAAGGACGAUGUACAUGACGCUGUUUCCAUUGGUCCACCCAUUGCGGCCGAAACCAAAGAUCAGGAGGAUCAACCCGAUUCAUUCAAAAUAGUGAAUGGCCAAGUUGUAGUCAAAGACCCAAGCAUGCUGGCAACGCUUCAAGAAUUGGAUAAAAUCUACAUGGAUUCUCAUAAUGCACAACAAGAGUCAUCAUCCGAUGAAGAGGAAGUUGUGGAGAACGAUGAAGACGCUAGACGGGCAUUGCACAAAAUGUUGGAAGAAUUUGGCGGUGGCUUUUAG